AUGGCCGGUGGGCCUAGUCCGACCAGCACGAGUCCCUCGAACCUUUCCAACAGCCCGUUUCUCCACGGCUCCAUUAGUAGCUCGACCUCCUCCUCGCCGCCCAAGCCCUUCUCGUCGCAAAACACCAUGACGGCAGACGUCUUCGCUGCAUCGCAUGCCUACGGCAUGCCCGCCGCCUUUGGAGAGCGCAGGCCCAUGGAGAAGAACGGCCUUUCUCUCCUCUCCUUCAGCGACGCCGAGACGCUACCCGAACUCAAACCUGGCCGCCACACCAUCUUUCUGCGCAAACUGCCCAGCAACAGCGAUCGCGACGCUGUGCGCAACAUUCUCCUCUUCGCCAAAGACCUCGUCGACUGCGAGCUCGUGUCCCAUUCCCGCCUCUCCGAGGACAAGGGCUUCGCCUCGGCUGUAGCGCAUUUCCAGACCUACGAAGGCGCAAAAGAGGCCCGAGACCUGCUCAAUGGAAAGCGCAAUGCUACCAACGACGCGACCCUGGUCGUAGAGUUGCUCCAGGACGGCCUUCCCGGCGCCAUCGGAUCACGGCGCAACACCGUGGACAGCAGCGCAUCUACGCGACAAGGAUCCAUCGCAAGCGGGAUCGCCACGACUAACAACGGCCGACAAUCAUCACGAUAUAAUGGCACUUUCCAGAACAUGGAGAAGAUGUCCCCACCCAACGGGACCCCGGGUCUUGGCAACGGAGAAUUUCCCACCACAAACCUCUUCUCGCCGACAUCCCCCGUGAACACGUCCUUCACCAGCCGCAACCUGGGCAAGUCAGUCAUCAAUGAUGAGGCUGACGACGUGGAUGGCCUGCUCAACGAGUCGAUUGGCUACGGAACGGGCGGUCCACCAGUCCAGUCCAACAUGCAACGCAGGGCCACGAACCCGAACCCGCCAAUUCCUGUUUCCCGCUUCGCAUCGCUGUCUCUGAACACAAACGGCGUGAAUGGCAUGACCUCCCCACCGUUGCCAAACUAUGCCUCUCCCCGGUCUGGAUCCAACAUGCAAUCGCCGGGAGCGACCAUGUCUGCCAUGUCUCCACAUACCAUUCCCUCUGCAUUGAGCAAUGCAUCCAACACUGGAUUCCAACAGUACUCGCAGCAUUUUGCGAGACCCACGUACCCGCCUGUAAACCCGGCCGAUCAAAACCCGCCAUGCAACACGCUGUACGUGGGCAACCUUCCCAUGGACACUUCCGAGGACGAGCUCAAGGCCGUCUUCUCCAAGCAACGUGGAUACAAGCGACUCUGUUUCCGCACCAAACAGAACGGGCCCAUGUGUUUCGUCGAGUUUGAGGAUACGUCUUUUGCUACCAAGGCGCUGAAUGAGCUGUACGGGUACAUGUUGCACAAUAGCGUCAAGGGCGGCAUUCGAUUGAGCUUCUCCAAGAACCCCUUGGGGGUACGGAGCGGACAAGGCUCCAGCAUGGGCCCGCCAUCUGCCAUAACACCAUCUACCCCUCUGUCAGGGUUUGGCAACAAUGUCGUGGCCCCGCCCGGCUUCUCUACAGCCACCGGUCCACCGCCUGGGCUGUCAGCGCCUCCAGGACUUUCGACUCCUGUCCACCACCACCACCACAACAACAACAAUGGCAACUCUGGUUUCGGCAUGUACUCCAACGGCGGCUUCGGUAUGGGCCCAAACGACAUGGCCAGCCCUAUGCGCCAGCCACUUGCUACUAGCGUUGCCGGUAACGGCUUCGGAGGCAUGGGAGGCAGCUACACGGCAUAUAUGAUGGGACGCUGA